CGGUGCAGCUGGACAGUGAAGGAAAAGCACAGUCACAGCAGACACGUGGAUGUUGGGAAGAGCUGCUGCUAGUUGAAACUACGCUUUUCUAUUUAUGGAAUAGAUGCGACGUUUUAUAUGUAGUUGUAUUUGUUUUGUUAGACAAGUUUAAUUUAGAAUCUAGUGUCAUCAAAGCGUGGUCUAGCCACUGCUGUCUGUGUUUGGAUCAGUCGUUUAACGUUCUUUUAGACGUCUACAUCGCGGCUUCGUUGAGUUUUCCUCAGAAAAUCCAGAGGGGAAAUGGCCAAAAAUAAACAGAAAGGUAAAAAGCAGCAGAAUGUAUUUCAGGUUGCGAACAAACAGUCAAAACCCAAGACCAAAGCGAAACCCGUCAAGACCUCCUUGAAACAGAUAAACACUUUGAGAAAUGAAAAAGUGGAGAGCUUAAAUCAGAUGUUCACAGAAGUACAGCGAGAUGUCAAAAGUAUAUCAAAAUCAACAUCCAGUGAACCCAAAAAAGGACAGAAGGUGGUCAGAGAAGCUCCACGGGAAGCUGUCAAUGUGGAUAAUGCUGCCCAGCUUUUCUCUCAGCUGUAGAAGACAUAUUAACAUGUUGAAAAUGGACUAAUCACAGACACUUCAUACCAAAAUACUCAAACAAAAACAGUUCUUAAUGACUGCCGAUCAUCGAUAUUAUUUAUUGCAUGAAUAUCUCUGUGUAGUUUAUUUUUUUACAGUCGGUGCAGAACUGCAUAAUUUCUAUAGCCCUCGUAGGACUGGUUUUGUAAAUGCACUCUGCAACAGUGUAUGCUAAUCACACAACCAAGCUAAAUGUCCAAAAAAAUACAUUAGUAAGGUUUCCUAGAGCACUGAUUUUUUUUUUUUUUUUGGAUUUGAAUAUUGUCUAUGCUUGCUGUAGCAUAAGGAACAAAGUCAUUCUAUCGGAGCUGUUUUGUAAUGAGUUGUGCUUCUGUUGUAUUGAGUCAGCUGUAACAUAUAUUCUUCGGAUCAAUGUUUGAACUUGUGACCCAGUGGAAAGAGAGAUGUCCACUCGAGUCGCUGCUAAUGAGAUCGUUAGCUGGUGUUUUAUUUCCUUUAGAGGUGGUUCCAAACCCAUAUUAAUAAAAUGGAAGUGAAUUCAUUUUCA